CCGUUUAUCCAGAUGAUCGUGUGACAACAAGCCGCCUCUGCACUGCGCCGCUCUCCCCGCUGGAUCUCACCCAGCCGUGUCGCUGGCUCCAUCCUUCCCUACUGACCAUCCCACUCCGGAGCGCAUCUCCUCCGGCUGUUUCUGCUCGGACUCCUAUCCUCCGAGCAACAGGCCACUUCAGCUGUGUAUUUAUUCAAGCUCGCCGGCACGACCGUUAGACUUGACAGUUCUGCUAAAACUUUCUGCGAACUGCAACUCAAGUCUUCUGCAGGAGCCGGACAAGCGAUCGUGGGAAAAUGUCAUCUGUGGCACAGAAUGUUCCACUGAAAAUGGACACAAAGGACCUCCAGAUCCAAACUUUAACAGUGGAACGGCUGAUUCAGCCUUUGAUUUUGCAGGUCACAACUUUAGUAAAUUGUGUCAGAGAUCCCUCAAAGAACAAAAAAGGGCGAUCAAAGAGAGCUAGUGUUCUUCUAGCAUCGGUGGAAGAAGCCACAAACAACCUGAUUGAAAAGGGGAAUCAAAUUGUUGAGGACAGCACUUUUCUGAAGGAGGAACUUACUAAAGCAGUGCAGGAUGUGCGUAGAGAAAGUGAAGCAAUGCAGGUUACAGCGAAAGAAUUCACAGAUGACCCAUGCGUCUUAGCAAAGCGAGAAGGAGUGGUUGGUGCUGCUCGGGGGCUCCUUGCUGCAGUGACCCGACUCCUGAUUCUGGCGGAUGUCCUUGAUGUCAUGUAUCUCUUGCAGCACCUCAUGGCUGUCCAGAAAUCAUUUGUGCUGUUGUCAAAUGUGACAAAUGAGGAUGAGCUGAACAGAGCCUACAGCAAGUUUGGGCAGGAUUUAGCCCAAUUAGACCUCCUGACUCAGAAACGCCAACAGGACCUCAAGUCACCCAGUCAACGUGAAGGUCUGGCCACAGCCCGUGCUCUCUUGAAGGAAACCUCACCCUUGUUAUAUUCUACAUCCGUUGCUUGUCUGGAACAUCCUAAAAUUGCUGCACUCCAAACCGGGCGAGAGUCAGUCUACAAUGAGAUCCAGGAGGCUUUUGCUGUUAUCUCUGACACUGUGCAGGGCCAUGAAUGCCAGAUGUCCCAGUCAGUACCUGCUGCUCCAUCUCUUGCUGGUGCCAUAGACGAAUUUGAAAGUGUUAUUGUCAUUGACCCUGUUACAGUCCAUGAAGAUCAACUGAGACCUCUGUUGGAAAAGAGGCUGGAAGAUAUUGUCCGUGAAGCUGCUUUGAUGGCAGACUCUUCCAGCACGCGUGACCAACACCGUGAGAAUAUAAUAGCAGAGUGCAAUGCAGUUCGCCAGGCACUUCAAGAUCUACUACUGGAAUAUAUGAGUAAUACGGAUAUUUGGGCGAAUCUCUUCCUACUGGACAUGCGCAGGACACACAGAAAACAAGCGAAGAGGAAACGGUAUACUUGGUGCACGUUUGUCCAGUUACAGAGCAGAAAAACUUGAAAGGAAUUGCUCUUGACUCUCGCGCAGGAGGAUUUAAAACUAAGAAAAAACGAAUACUGGAGCGUAUGGAGGCAACCGACAGGGAGUUCACGGACAGUAUGACCCGGCUGACGACGAACAUUGAAAAACUGACUAACUGUGUUGCAUUA